AUGGCGGCCGCCUCCAGCGCGCGCGCGGCCGCCUCGCCCGCGCUGCUCGGCGGCGCGAAGCUCGGGGAGGCGCAGGGCCUGGAGACCCUGGCUGCGGUGCAGAGGGCGCUGGCGGUUGAGAUCGACAGGACCUCUCGGGAGAGAGCUGGAGGACUGGGUGGCCCAGCGGGUCGAGGCACAGGUGCGCGGCGGGCUCGACCGAGCCUCGGGCGCGCUGGAGUGCCAGACGGCCGCGCUGCUGCGGCGCCACACGGAGGAGGCCUCCGAGCGGCUCUGCGCCCUCGAGCGCGAGGUGGGCGCCGCGCGCCACCGCCUGGCGCGCGUCGAGCGCGCCUGCAGGCUGGACGCGGCAGGCGGGGCCGCCUAUGCUGCGCCAGGGACUGGCAUCGUUUCCGGGCAGCCGGCGUCGUGGCUGGAGGAGCCGCGUGACGUCGCUCGAGCGGCGCGUGGGGCGGCCGCUCGAGAGCCUGCCGGUGGAGGC